AUGGACACAACGGGGAGACACUAUCUCAGAGCAGCCGCGCUCCUGCUGCUGGCUGCGACCGCCGCGGGCCUCGUCAUCGAGAAGGAGAGCCCGCUGCUCGAUCUCAAUGACCACCUCCUCAGGGAGGUGCUCUCGGGCCAGCAGAACGAGGUGGUGUGUCCGGCGGCGCUGUUUAACGUGAUUGCCGGCGCCCACCGCGCGGCCAACACGGAGAUCCAGAGUCUGAUUCAGAGGCAGCUGGGCACCGCCAACCCGGCCCAGCUCAGCCAGGCCAUCGACCAAAUGGCUGCUGAGAAGUCCUCCGUGAAGAGCUUCUUCCGGGCGUACAGCAUACCUCGCGUGCGCACCGAGUGCUCGAAGCCGCAGGUGACCUCUGUGUCCAAGCAGCAGCUGUGCGCGCGGCUGCUGCAGCUGCUGUCCCCUCCCACCGGCCGGGAGCUGGACCUGGGCGCCGCCGAGGCGGUGCGGCAGAUCAACUCUGACGUGUCGGCGGCCACGGACGGUCUGAUUUCGGACCUGUUUACCCACCUGGAUCCGGACUCGCGCCUGGUGCUGGCCGCUGCUCUGGCCUUCUCCAGUCCCUGGCUGCCCGAGCUCACCAUCUCCACCAAGGAGCUGCCAUUCCGCCGGCCGGCCGGCGAGCAGGCCGUGCCCGCCGUGCUCGUCUCCGGCUCGAUGCGGUUUUUGAACGCCAGCGACGACGGCCUGUACGGCGUGGCCGUGCCGUACAACGACAACGCGUUCCACAUGGAGAUGUUCUUCUUUGUGGCAGCGAACCGGAGUGAGGACGUCGUGAGCAAGCUCUCCCGGCGGCACUACGAGGCGCUGGCGGAGAUAUCGCCGCUCGAGACCCAGGUGCUUCUCACCUUCCCCAAGUUCUCCAUCAAGUCCGUCAAGCACGACUACCGCGACGUGGCCCUGUCGCUCGGCCUGGGCCCGAUGCUGGAGGGCGGCCUGGGGCCCAACGGUGCCGACAAGGUGGACCAGCUCGUGCACCGGGCCGUCAUCGAUGUCGACGAGAAGGGUACGCGCGCCGCUGGAGCGGCCGGUAUCAGCAUCAUCCCGCGAGCGGGCUCUGACGAGAGCACGCCGCGCGCCGUGCUGCAGCUCGACCGGCCGUUCGUUGCCUCUGUAAUGCACGUGGAGCUGGGCCUGCCCCUGUUCACGGCUCACGUGGUGGACCCGCUGGUCGGCGCGCCGGCCGGCCGCCGCAGUCCCGUCAGGUUCUGA